AUGUUACGACGUCAAAUCCGUGAACGACGUGAAUUUAUAUAUCGAAAGUCAGUGGAACAGAAGCAACGAGCACUUCAAGAGAAGCGUGACAUUGUCAGGAAUGCCGUAGAUAAUAAUGGAGCUCUGCCAACACACCUGAAGAAAGAUGCGGUCGAAUUGGUUGAAGGAUCAUAUUGGGGAGAUCAAGAUGACACUGUAGAUGAUGAAUACAAAUGGGCUGGUUGUGAAGAUCCAAAAGUGGUUAUUACGACAAGCAGAGAUCCAAGUUCUGCAUUGAAACGAUUUGCCAAGGAGAUUAAGUUGACCAUUCCGAAUUCUCAAACCGUCAACAGAGGUUCUCAUGACGUCAAAAGUAUUAUCCAGGCUUGCAAAGGUGCUAACGUAAGUUACGCUUUAUAUAAUUUUUCAAUUUUUAGACAGGCUAGCAUUUUAUCUUGCUUUACCUAAAAAUUUGUGAAAUAAAAUGUAUUUUAUAGACUAUUAUUAAAUAAUAUUAUUAUAGGUAACGGACGUUGUUUUCCUGAACGAAACUCGUGGUACGCCGGACUCUCUUAUUGUUUCUCAUCUUCCACAUGGACCUACAUGCUUCUUCAGCUUGAAUAAUGUUGUUAUGCGACACGACAUUCCUCAUGAACACAUGUCAGAAGCUUAUCCUCACCUCGUCUUUCAUAAUUUAGACAGCAAAGUUGGAAAAAGGGUAGGUUUAUGAAUUUUUUAUGAAACGCUGGAUUAAUUUUCUGCCUUUAUGAAUUAAAAUCUUUUAAUAAUGGUUUGUGUAUCUACGUAUAUGGACUAUUUACUCGUUUUUAUUUUUCUCAGAUAUAUUAUAGUUUAGUUUGAAAUUAAUGUUUGUAAAUUUAUAAUGUUGUUUUAGAUCUCGACGAUUCUAAAGCAUUUGUUCCCGGUCCCAAAACCUGACAGCAAGAGAAUUUGCUCAUUUACUAACACUGAUGAUUUCGUGUCAUUCAGACAAUUUACCCACAAAGUAGGAGAAGGUGGAGAGAUCGAACUAAAGGAGGAAGGGCCUAGAUUUGAGUUGCGACGUAAGUUUUUUUUAAUUUUUAAGGAAUAUCUUACAUGGGUCAGCGUAUUUUUACUAUUGAUAUUGAAUUUUGCAGCAUAUUCCAUCAUAUUGGGCACAAUUGAUAUCCAAAAUGCUUGCGAUUCUGAAUGGUCUCUACGGUCGUACACCAACAAAAAGAGGAAUGUAUUAUCAGUGGAGUAA